GUUUGUUGUGUGUCUUGUUAGUCUUAUAUACAAACCAUCAUCCCAUAAAAUAAUGUGUUCAUUUCCGAUGGUUUUGUGUCACUUGUGAGGUGAGCCACGAGAAAUUGGUGGGAAACAAUUUCCCCAAAACAAAAGAUCAAAUUUUGAGCAAAAGGGUCUCUUUUGCAUCAUCUCAUCUCCUCUAAAACGUGGGAUUUCAUAAGGGUUUUGAUUAUUUCUUGCUUUUUCAAGAUUCUUUCUAAGCUUCAGAACAUCCUUCUUCAGGAAAUACAACAAACAGAAGAAGGCUCUGUUGUGUGAUAUAUACAUACAUUGAUACAUACAAAGACCCCAGAUUUUUGGUUUCUUGGGGCUUGUAGAUAUGAUUAGAUUGUCUAUAGCAGCACUGCAAUUGUCAGAGGUGUUUGUGAGUUCUUUGGUGCAUAUGUUAUAUGGAUUUUAUAUAAUUAGCACAGCUUUGGCCGGUGAUUUUUCUCAGGCCUUGAAUGAAUGGAUUUAUAAACCUUAUUCUAAUGUUAGAGAAGUUACAAUUGAUGAUUCCAAGAUUUUGACCUCUGCUGUUGAUUUGCCUCCCAUUGUGUUGGUUCAUGGAAUCUUUGGAUUUGGUAAAGGAAAAUUGGGUGGGUUAUCAUAUUUUGCUGGGGCAGAGAAGAAGGAUGAGAGAGUUUUGGUGCCAGAUCUUGGUUCAUUAACAAGUAUAUAUGAUAGGGCACGUGAAUUGUUCUAUUAUUUGAAAGGCGGACAAGUUGAUUAUGGGGAGGAGCAUAGCAAAGCUUGUGGACACUCGCAGUUUGGUCGAGUUUAUGGAAAAGGGCACUAUCCUGAGUGGGAUGAAGAUCACCCAAUUCAUUUUGUUGGGCACUCAGCUGGGGCGCAGGUUGUUCGUGUUCUACAGCAGAUGCUUGCCGACAAGGCAUUCAAGGGGCAUGAGAGCACUUCUGAGAACUGGGUAUUAAGCAUAACAUCAUUAUCCGGUGCUUUUAAUGGAACUACAAGAAGUUACCUAGAUGGAAUGCAACCGGAAGAUGGGAGGUCCUUGAAACCUCUAUCUUUGCUACAGGGGUGUCGAGUAGGAGUAAUAAUUUAUGAUUGGAUUGACAUUCCAUGGUUAAAGUCGUACUAUAAUUUUGGGUUUGAUCACUACAACAUUUCAUGGAAGAAAAUUGGUAUCCGAGGUCUUGUUGAUUGCCUCCUAGGGAAUUCUGGUCCCUUUGCUUCUGGAGAUUGGAUUCUUCCCGAUUUGACACUCCAGGGAUCUUUGAGAAUGAAUAUACAUUUAUCUACAUUUCCUGAUACUUACUACUUCAGCUAUGCUACCAAGCGUACUACGAAAGUUAUGGGUGUAACAAUUCCAUCUGGCAUACUUGGAAUUCACCCUUUGCUUUUCAUCAGAGUGCUGCAGAUGAGUCAGUGGCGGCAUCCUCCUGACGUAUCUCCGCCAUUUAAAGGGUACAGGGAUGAAGAUUGGUGGGAAAAUGAUGGAGCACUCAACACUAUAUCGAUGACACACCCACGUUAUCCUGUUGAACACCCAAGUAGCCUUGUUAUAAAUGAUUCUGAGUGCCAGCCCUUACAGCCAGGCAUCUGGUACUACAAGAUAGUUGAAGGUGAUCACAUUCUGUUUAUUGUGAAUCGAGAGAGAGCAGGAGUUCAGUUUGAUGUUAUAUAUGAUAGCAUCUUUGAACGUUGCAGAAAACAUGCAUUUAGAAGAACUCCGACAUUACCAAACCAUGCACAGCAUUAGUACCCCGACAGAAAAGAGAAGGGGAGGAAACUUACCUACAUUUGGUGGAAACAUGUUCAUUUUGUUAGGCCCUUCCAACUCUAAUGUAGAUAUGUUCAUUUUCUUUAGUUGAUUAUUUCUUGGCAGCCCCUGUGAAACUGUUUUAUUUUGGGGCACCAGAUCUUAGGCUGUAGCUUAGUAAACAGAGAUUGUAUCUAAAUUUCAUGGAGUGGGUUUCUUCUGCCUUGUGCUACAAUAUAUUAGAACGUUAGAAUUUGUUCAAAUUUCAUUUGAUUUUAGACCUUCAGUAUUGAAUGUUAGAAUCCUCUUGUUGUAAUUCUUAGGAUGUGCAAGUGAGUUUGUAGCCUGGUUUGCUUGAUGUGAUGAUAUAUAUGGAUUUCGUAUCCUGUACGAGUUAGUGGACA